GGUCUCUCAGGUAAGCGCGGGGCUCUCCCGGCCCCACCCCGCCCGCUGCCGCCGCUGCCGCCGCUGCCACCGGGGGAGGCGCUGCCCGGGACGGCCGCUCCGCUCCGCCCCGCCGUGUGCCCGCGGGUUCUGCCUGCGGGACUGGGGGCGGCUGAGGUUGAGCUCCGUGCGCGGGCGCAGAAAUGUAGGUGGCAGCUGCUGCCCCUGAAGGACUCGUCCCCGUCCGACCCCGCGCGGUGCCGCCUGUCGCUACCAUGAUCUUCUGCAUGCUGCUGCUGGCAUCACUGCCCGAGCCCUCUGGCACUGAGAUCAACCCUGCUAUCUGCCGUUACCCUCUGGGUAUGCACGAGGGGACGAUCCGGGAUGAGGACAUCACUGCUUCCAGCCAGUGGUAUGAAUCCACAGGACCCCAGUAUGCACGGUUACAAAGGGAAGAAGGGGAUGGAGCCUGGUGCCCUGCUGGCUUACUGCAACCCAAAGAUGUCCAGUUCCUUCAGAUUGACCUGCACAAGCUUUUCUUCAUCACCCUGAUUGGGACUCAGGGCAGGCAUGCCCGGGCCACAGGCAAGGAGUUUGCCCGUGCUUACCGGCUCGACUACAGCCGCACCGGGGAGCGCUGGAUCUCCUGGAAGGAUCGGCAGGGCAGGAGGGUGAUCCAAGGCAACACUGACACGUACGAUGUGGUCCUGAAAGAUCUCCGGCCUCCCAUCAUCGCACGGUUUAUCCGGGUGAUUCCUGUGACAGAGAUGCCCAUGACUGUCUGCAUGAGGGUGGAGCUUUAUGGCUGUGUCUGGUAUGAUGGUUUGGCAUCCUAUAGCAUCCCUGAAGGAGGGACAAUAGCGGCUCCUGGCUUCCCCAUCGUUUAUCUGAAUGACUCGACCUAUGAUGGCUACCAGGAGCGCAGGCACCUGUAUGGUGGUCUGGGCCAGCUGACAGACGGGGUGCUGGGACUGGAUGAUUUCACCCAGAGCCACCAGUACCGUGUGUGGCCUGGCUAUGACUACGUGGGCUGGAAGAACGAGAGCUUCAGCACGGGCACAGUGGAGAUGGAAUUCCAGUUCGACCGACCCCGGAACUUCACCUCCAUGAAGGUGCACUGUAACAACAUGUUUUCCAAGGGGGUGAAGAUCUUCCAGAAGGUGGAGUGUCUGUUCAAACCACGGCUGAUUGCAGACUGGGAACCUGAACCUGUUGGGGUGGCAACUGUUUUGGAUGACAAAAACCCCAGUGCCAGGUUUGUGACCGUGCCCCUCAACCAGCGAGUAGGCAAAGCCAUACUGUGCCGCUUCCACUUCGCUGACACCUGGAUGAUGAUCAGUGAGAUUUCCUUCCAGUCAGACAUGGAGAGUGUGAAUCCCAGUUUUGUUACAGCAGCCACAAGCACAACAGAUGUCUUGGAAGCAGAGUACAACACUACUGAGGGGACCUGGGAAACCACAUCUUCUGUAACCAGCACCUGGAUAGGAGAGAAAGCAGAUGACUCCAACACCUCCAUCCUCGUGGGCUGCCUUGUGGCUAUUAUCCUGCUGCUCCUACUGAUUAUAAUCAUUAUUCUUUGGAAGCAAUAUGUUCAGAAAAGGUUGGAGAAGGCCCCACGUCGGAUCCUGGAGGAAGAUGCCACCGUUCGCCUCUCGUUCUACAGCUACACCAUUGCCAACAACCAGACCCAGAUCCACCAGUCCAACCCCACCUAUGAACGUGCCUUCCCACUGGAUUUGGAAUAUCACCAGCCUGCUACGCUGCUUCAAAAGCUUCCAGAGCUCUCCCAGAGUGCAGAGGAUUCAGUGUGCAGUGGGGAUUAUGCUGAGCCUGACCUGACCAAGUCCACUCCUCACCAAGGCUUUCAGAACAAUGUUCCUCACUAUGCAGAAACAGAUAUUGUCCACCUGCAAGGUGUGACUGGCAACAACAUGUAUGCAGUCCCAGCCCUCACUGUGGAUUCCCUUACCAAGAAGGACAUCUCAGUGGGGGAAUUCCCCAGGCAGCAGCUACGACUCAAGGAGAAGCUGGGAGAAGGCCAGUUUGGAGAGGUUCACCUGUGUGAAGCUGAUGGUCUGCUGGAGUUCCUGGGAGUCUCCUCUACAGAAUUCACUCCCCAGCCAGUUCUUGUGGCAGUGAAAAUGCUGAGGUCAGAUGUCAACAAAACAGCCAGAAAUGAUUUCCUGAAGGAGAUCAAGAUCAUGUCCCGGCUGAAGAACCCCAACAUCAUCCGGCUCCUGGGGGUGUGUGUGAGGGAUGACCCCCUCUGCAUGAUCACAGAGUACAUGGAAAAUGGGGACCUCAACCAGUUCCUUUCCCAGAGGGAGAUCUACAGCAAAUUUGCCAUUUCAAACAACAUUCCCUGUGUCAGCUACUCCAACCUGCUGUACAUGGCCACCCAGAUCGCCUCAGGAAUGAAGUAUUUGGCAUCUCUGAAUUUUGUGCACAGAGAUCUGGCAACUCGUAACUGCCUGGUGGGGAACAACUUCACCAUCAAGAUUGCAGACUUUGGGAUGAGCAGGAAUCUGUACAGUGGGGAUUACUACAGGAUCCAGGGCAGAGCUGUGCUGCCCAUCCGCUGGAUGGCCUGGGAGAGCAUCCUGCUGGGCAAGUUCACCACAGCCAGUGAUGUCUGGGCAUUUGGGGUCACCCUCUGGGAGAUGUUCAUCCUCUGUAAGGAGCAGCCAUACAGCCUCCUCUCAGAUGAACAAGUGAUUGAGAACACAGGAGAGUUCUUCAGGAGCCAGGGCAGGCAGAUCUAUCUCUCCCAGACUCCUCUGUGUCCUAACCCUGUGUUUGAUCUGAUGCUGAAAUGCUGGAGCAGGGACAUAAAGGAUCGUCCCACUUUUGACAUGAUCCAUCACUUCCUGCUGGAACAAAUGGAAUCAAACAUUUGACUCCAGAGAAAGAGACAGACUGUUGGGAAACAGUGACUUUGGUGUCUCUGCCUGUACCUCAUGGGAAGAUGGUCAGGCCACCUUGCUCUCCUCCCUUGACUGUUCUUUAUUUAAGUGGAGAUGUCCAUGGCAGCUGCUCAUUCUAUUGGCCAUGGUCUGACACGCAGGACCAGAGGAUCUCAUUUGGAUGGAAAAAUAACAAAUCAUCUCCUCUUCUGAAUCAUUUCCUGGGAAUACUGUGAGAGGGGGUUUGUGAGAUACCCAUACACCUUUGGGCAGAACAAAUGAGUGAAACUUCGAGGGACUUGGAGCUCUCUCCUGGGUGGAACAGGAAGCUCCCAGUCGGGGAGAGCGUUGCCACUCGAGAACAGAUUUCUAGAAAUAAAGACUUCAGUCUUUUUCAAACGAUUCCAUUAACUCCAAUGGAAGUCUUGUGCACAUUGGCAAGUGUUUCUGUGUGCUCUUGCUAUGGACAGACUGAAUAGUGAUAGAAAUGUCUAGAGCUAGGGAAUGGUGUCAUGGACUUGAGAACCAUGGAGCUGGAUUUAGCAACCCUUUGGAAGUCGUGCUCCCAGGGUCCAUGGAGGACACUGAUACAAGAGUCCAAGAUCAUGUUCUUUUUUCCUGUGGUUGUUAAGCACUGCUUUUGUUGUAUAUGUGCAUUUUCCCCACACUGGAUUUUUUUUCUAGAAUUUUUUUUAAAUGAAUGUUUAAGGUCCUGGGCAGGUCACUAGCAGAAGAUCUCCUUUGGGCCUACAAAUUAAGGCUAAGGUAGGGAGUUUGUAUUGAAAAGUAGCUGAUACUGUACUACUGUCACUAUGUAGAUUUAUUAGCCUAAUGAACUUGUAGCCACAAUGGACUGAUGUGCAAUUAAUCCUGUAUAAUUACCCAUUAAUAUGAGAUCUCUAAGUCAAUGCUGUUACAUGUGCAGAGGGAACUUAGAUUUGGUGAGAGGGCUGAGAGCAGAACCUGCUAUGUCACUUGUCACUUGUCACAGCUCCUGCAGAGCAGAGGAUGGGUGGUCCCUGACACCCAUCCCACUCCCACACGUUUCUUGCAGCAUCUGUGGUUCCUCUCCAGGUCUGGAGGAGGUCAGAGCUGCCAGCCAGGUGGGUGCAGUGCAGCCCAGGCACUUUGGUUGCUGUGGUGGGAGCUGGGACAGACCCAGCCCUGCAGCUGGGGAUUCUGCUGGCUUUGGGCUGUCCCUUCACAGCAUCAGACAAUUUACUCAUUGAACUUGGGGUUGGGUUUUGUUUCUCAUGUCACAAAUGGCUCAUUCUCUGAAGGGUUUUAGAGGGCUCUGAAAUCCCCUUGGAGUGAGUAAGAGAAUUCAGCUCGUUUCUACAAUAAAUCCCUUGUGGAUUUACUGGGUGCCUGGGGAAUACUCUGCUAUUCCCUAAUCCCUUAGCAAGGUACUUAGGACCAAACCAGACAUUGCAUGAGCUGGGAUAAGAGGAGAGUUCAGCACUUGGCUUUAUUUAAACAGUGUCCAUCUUAGCAUAUAUUUUCAGUAAAGAUUACAAAGGUAAUUUUUAUCAUAGCCACAAGCUCAGUGUGAGUCUGGCUGUGCUGGGAGCUGGGAGAGGGGAUGUCCAGACUGUUGUUACAGGAGGAUAAUGGAUAUGCUGAAAAACCCCAAGCCUGCUGCUGAACUGGCAAAGAGCAGGGCAGAGCAUGGUGUGGCUGUGUCUGCUCCACAGCAAUUCCAGUGGGAUAUUUCCCAGUGCCCACUCACUUGUAGGACCAUGCCCAGGGUGUCCUCCAGACCUGGGCUGGGCAUCUCCAGCUGAGCUGCUCCUCUGGGCACCCUUCGUGUGACAAGGAGCCAGAGGGUCCCCAUCACCUCAUCCCCCUGCCAGGGCUGCACAGGCUCAGGUGACUCUCAACCCCCAGCAGGUAUUUUUUUCCUUUUUCCUUUCUCCUUUGACAAGAGAGGCCCCAGGUGACCAUGGCCCAUGUGCACCCUCUGCCUGGAGAUGGGCAAUGGGGGCAAAGCCAACGUGGUCCCUGCUGCAGCCUGGCAAACCACACAUCCCUUGGAUUUCUGGAGUACUGUCCCAGAAAAUGCCCAGGUAAUUCCCAGCUGUGUGUGUGCUGUGGAGCUCAGAGAUCCCAGAGCUCUGCCACGUCCCCUGGCUGGGCUCUGUACUUGUUACUUCAGGAUGUGCUGUUCCUCCAUGGACAUGUUGACAUACAAAGUUUCUCUCAUAUCAAUAAAUUCUAAUGAUAACC